AUGUCUGCAAGAGUCCAUCACCAAGCCGGCCGCCGCACGCCGCCCCCUUCCUUCCCGCAGGACGUCCUGGAGGCCGCGACCCGACGCGCUGAGGGCGCCGAGGCACGCGCCGCCGACGCUGAGCUGGCGCUGGACUCGGCGCUGGACGCCGUGCGCGAGCUGCGCGCCGGCAACGCCGAGCUGGCGGGCGCGCUGGAGGAGGCGCGGGCGGCCUCCCAGAGCGACGCCCCGACCCCGCGCUCCGCCGCGCCCUCGGACGCCGGCAGCCCCUUCGGCUCCGACUUCACGCUGCGGGAGUUGCUGCAGCGCACCGCCGCCCUGGAGGCGCGCCUGCUGGAGGCAGGGACGGAGAAGAAUGGGCUGCAGGCCGAGCUGGCGCGGCUGCCCGUGUCCAGUGCCGGCCGCACCAUCAGGGAGCGGCGGCGCCGAGAGGAAAUCGAGGCGCGGCUGGAUGAUCUGGAGCGCGAGAUGUCGGGCCUGAGGCUGGAACUAAAGCGCAGCGGCUGCCGGUGA